AUGAUCUGCGUGCUUUUGACCUUCGCGCUCCUCCUCAGCCAGACCGUGUUCGCAGCCUCGAUUGCAGGUGGCCUGAACAUCGCUACGACUUCCGGGCCAGCACCUCGAGGCUUCAGCCCUUCCGUCUGCUCUCAGCCAGGCAGACGAUGCAUCUUUGCUCCAAGCUACAUCUCGAUUCGCUCAUCUGGAAUCAUCGAUACGCAGCAGACGGACAGCGAGGCGCUUAUAGUCAUGGGUCAGGCGUUCGGAAGUUGUCCCAAUAGCACACGAACGGACACCAUCGACUGGGCCUAUACGAGCGUCACUCCGCCAGCCAAUGUUCCGCAACUGGCGAGCGCCUCGGGGGGGAAAGAGGGAAAUCUACUUCUCAAGGCUUACUUUGGAGAUAAUGCUGGGAAGGUGACUUGCAUAUCCAGUGCUGAGAUGGGUUUGAGGAGUGAUGAGCUUGCGGUCAUGGAAGACAUUUCGCCUCCUACGCUCUUGCUCAUGAGCAGCGUCUCGAAACCAGUCUCGCCGUCGACCCUGAUUUGA